UCCAUUCCAUAAUUUGCUUAAACAUCUCCAAAUCUCAAUAGUAAAAACCCCAUGUGAAAUUGCUAUAAGAUGAUGAAGGACUAAAAGGCAAAAGCAAAAUAGUCUGUGUGAACACAUGUAGUGUCAUUAUUAUGAGAUUGUUGCUUUUCCAGAUAAUGGAUUUACUUGUAUAAUUUGCAGCUGUCAUACAAUUUCAGAACAGAGAGGGAAGGCUAAACAUGGUUUACUUACCUUUUCUCUUGAUUUUCAACUUGAUUUCAUAUUUUCCCUCUUCUUCACAUGCACAAAUUGCAGACCUUAUUCUGCCAUUGAAGGCUGUAAACCUUGGUAACUGGCUUGUCACUGAAGGAUGGAUGAAACCUUCUCGUUUUGAUGGCAUCAUUAACAAAGAUCUUUUGGAUGGAACCCAAGUUCAGUUCCUUUCAACAAAGCUAAAAAAGUAUUUGUGUGCUGAAAAUGGCGGUGGAACCGUCGUUGUAGCCAACCGUCCCUCACCUUCUGGUUGGGAAACCUUCAGGUUAUGGAGGGUGAGUGAAUCAUGCUUUAACUUGAGAGUGUUCAACAAGCAGUUUGUGGGAUUAGGAAGUCAAGGUGUACAAGCAGUUUUAGAUACACCUACUGAUACAGAAACGUUUGAGAUUGUAAGGAAAGAUGAUGAUCGUAACCGAGUUCGAUUCAAAGCAUCAAAUGGUUUGUUCCUUCAGGCACAAUCGGAGACAUUGGUAACUGCAGAUUAUGCAGAGUCUAGUUGGGAUGAUAGCGAUCCAUCUGUGUUCAUAAUGACAAUCGUAAACACCUUACAAGGUGAAUUUCAAAUCACUAAUGGUUAUGGCCCUGAUAAAGCCCCUCAAGUCAUGCAGGAUCAUUGGAAUUCUUACAUCACUGAGGAAGAUUUCAAUUUCAUGUCUGCAAAUGGACUGAGUGCCGUGAGGAUACCUGUAGGGUGGUGGAUAGCGCAGGAUCCAACUCCCCCUAAGCCUUUUGUUGGAGGCUCUUCAAUAGCCCUCGACAAUGCUUUCACAUGGGCAGAGAAAUAUGGGAUGAAGGUAAUUAUUGAUUUGCACGCAGCUAAAGCCUCACAGAACGGUGACGAACACAGCGGAGCAAGAGAUGGUUUUCUAGAAUGGGCCGAUUCCAACAUUGACGAGACUGUGGCGGUAAUAGAGUUUCUUGCAGCAAGAUAUGGUGUAAGACCAAAUUUGGCUGCGAUUGCAUUAAUGAAUGAGCCUAGAGCACCGGGUGUAACAUUAGAUGCACUUACAAAGUAUUACAAAGCCGCAUACGAUGCAAUAAGGAAGUACACAAAUGCGUAUGUGAUCCUAUCAGCUCGUUUAGGACCAGCUGAUCCAAAGGAGCUCUUCUCAUUGGCCAGUACUAUGAAUCGAGUAGCCAUCGAUGUGCAUUACUACAACCUCUUUUCAGACUCAUUUUCCGGCAUGACUGUCCAACAAAACAUCGAUUUUGUCAACAAUCAACGAGCCUCCGAUCUUGGCAGCUUGACCUCGGCUAACGGGCCCCUGGUUUUAGUUGGGGAAUGGACUGCAGAAUUUGCUCGAAACGAUGCAUCAAUGGAAGAUUACCAGAGAUUUGCUAAAGCACAGCUAGAUGUUUAUGGUCGUGCAACAUUUGGAUGGGCAUAUUGGGCUUAUAAUUGUGACAGAAACCAUUGGAGUCUGAAGUGGAUGAUUGAGAACAAUUUUAUUCAGCUUAAGUGACCAACUAUUUGAUUAUCAAGCUUUAAAAUUACAAUAAAUGAGGUUGGCAUUUAGUUCUCCUGUUAAAAAAGUUGAUGCAGGGGAAACCAAGAAACUCCUUUUUUUUUUUUCUUAAAUGAUAAUAGUAAAUUUAAAUCUAAA